AUGGAAGCAUCAGCGGCAGAAGGAGUCGUGAAUCUCUUGUCACCUCCUCCUGCCUCUCGUGUUCCAUUAGAUCAAGCUUUGAGUGUGCAAUCGCCUCCAUCACUUCAACCAAUCUUUCAGCAAGGGGUUGAUGACUUUCGUUUCAAUCUACCAUUGGAUUUGGGUCGGCCAGCAGAGAUUAUUCCACCCAAAAGGAAUUCUGUAACAGUUGGAUUUCAACCAAAUACUAACUUUGUACAAUCCCAUGAAAAUAUUGAAAAUGCCAAUGAUCCUACGUCUUCUAAUGCUAUGGACACUUUCAAAUAA